CGCAGGCGCGCUGGCCCGGCACGGCGGUCACGCGGGCGGUGUUGGCUACAACAGCAGUUGGCGAGAGUGCUUCUCUGUGCUGGGGUGUCAUGGAAGGACUGCUGACAAGAUGGAGAGCGUUGCCCACCCUGGUCGCCUGCAGUCGCCAGCUCUCCGGGUGUGUUCCCUGCAGCCUUCACCACUGUGCUCCAGGGAGAGGGAAGCGCUUGUUGCUGUCCCGCAUGUUCCAGCCGCAGAACCUGCGGGAAGACCAGGUGCUGUCCCAGGAGGGCAGAUCUGGGGACCUGACCUGUAAGAGCCAGCGCCUGAUGCUUCAGGUGGGCCUGAUACACCCGGCGAGCCCCGGCUGUUACCACCUUCUGCCUUAUACCGUGCGUGCCAUGGAGAAGCUGGUGCGGGUGAUAGACCAGGAGAUGCAGGCCAUCGGGGGGCAGAAGGUCAACAUGCCCAGCCUCAGCUCAGCAGAACUCUGGCGAGCCACCAACCGGUGGGACCUGAUGGGCAAGGAGCUGCUAAGACUUAGAGACAGACAUGACAAGGAAUACUGUUUAGGACCAACUCAUGAGGAAGCCGUCACAGCUCUGGUUGCCUCCCAGAAGACACUGUCCUACAAACAGCUUCCUUUCCUGCUGUACCAGGUGACAAGGAAGUUUCGGGAUGAGCCCAGGCCCCGGUUCGGUCUUCUCCGUGGCCGAGAGUUUUACAUGAAGGACAUGUACACCUUCGACUCCUCCACAGAGGCUGCCCAGCAGACCUACAGCCUGGUGUGUGGUGCCUACCGCAGCCUGUUUAACAGGCUGGGGCUGCCAUUUGUCAAGGUCCAGGCCGACGUGGGCAGCAUUGGGGGCACGAUGUCUCAUGAGUUCCAGCUACCGGUGGAUGUCGGCGAGGACCGGCUUGCAGUCUGUCCCGGCUGCAACUUCUCGGCCAACAUGGAGACACUAGGCUUGUCACAGAUGAACUGCCCUGUGUGCCAGGGACCGCUGACUGAAACCAGAGGCAUUGAGGUAGGGCACACGUUUUACCUGGGCACCAAGUACUCCUCCAUUUUCAAUGCCCGGUUUGCCAAUGUCCAUGGCAAACCAUCCCUGGCCGAAAUGGGGUGCUAUGGCUUAGGUGUGACGCGGAUCUUGGCUGCUGCCAUUGAAGUACUCUCUACAGAGGACUGCAUUCGCUGGCCUGGCCUCCUGGCCCCUUACCAAGUCUGCCUCAUCCCCCCUAAGAGGGGCAGCAAGGAGAUGGCGGCCACGGAGCUCAUGGGGAGCCUGCACGACCACAUUGCUGAGGCAGUGCCGCAGCUUCAGGGUGAAGUCCUGCUGGAUGACAGGACUCAUCUGACCAUUGGAAACAGACUGAAAGACGCCAACAAGCUUGGCUACCCCUUUGUGAUAAUCGCUGGCAAGAGGGCUCUGGAGGAUCCUUCAUAUCUUGAGGUUUGGUGCCAGAAUACUGGUGAGAUGGUCUUUCUCAACAAAGAAGGGGUUGUAGAAUUACUGAGCACAGUGCAGGUUGUCUAA